AUGGCAGACCAGAAGAAACAGCUACACCUCACAGCCUUCAUGAGGCCCGUCUCCCUUCACACCGGCGCCUGGCGAUACCCAGGUUCCUACUCGGACGCCAACUUCAAUUUCAAGCACAUUGUCCAGUUCGCCCAGAAGCUAGAAGCCGCCAAGUUCGACGCCUUCUUCAUGGCCGAUCACCUCGCCGUGCUCAACAUGCCCCUGGAAGCCCUCAAGCGCAGCCACACAGUCACCUCCUUCGAGCCCUUCACCCUCCUCUCCGCCCUCUCCGCCGUGACCGACAAGAUCGGUCUCGCCGCAACCGCAAGCACCACCUACGACCUGCCCUACCACGUCGCCCGCCGCUUCGCCAGCCUCGACCAUCUCUCCAACGGCCGCGCAGCCUGGAACAUCGUCACCACAGGCAACCCGGAGUCGAGCAAGAACUUCGGCUUCGACGAGCACAUGGUGCACGGGGACCGGUACAAGCGGGCGCGCGAGUUCUACGACGUCGUGACAGGGCUGUGGGAUAGUUUUGCCGACGACGCGCUAACGCGGGACGUGGAGAGCGGAGAGUACUUUAAACCUGAGCGGCUGCACGUGCUGAACCACGAGGGGGAGGAGUUCAAGGUGCGCGGACCGCUGAAUAUCGCGCGGCCGCCGCAGGGCUGGCCGGUGAUCGUGCAGGCGGGGCAGAGCGAGCCUGGGCGCCAGCUGGCGGCGGAGACGGCAGAGGUGGUGUUUUGUAGUCCGCGGGACAUUCAGUCGGCGAAGGAGCUCUAUGCUGAUCUGAAGGGGCGGGUGGAGAAGGCGGGGCGGCAGCGUGAUGGGCUGAAGAUCUUGCCUGCGGCGCUGGUCAUUGUGGGUGAGAAUAAACAGGAUGCGCAGGUGAAGAGGCUGAAGUUGGACAGUUUGGUGCACUAUGAUAGUGCGAUUGCCUCGCUGAGUAUUGCGCUUGGGACAGAUGCAAGUGGGCUGGACCCUGAUGGGCCACUGCCCGAGGAUCUGCCGGAGACAAAUGCAAGUAAGACGAGUCGCGAGUCGGUGGAGAAGUUGGCCCAGACGGAGGGUUUGACGGUGCGACAGUUGGCGCAGCGGAUGGGUGGGCAGGGCGGGCUUGCGUUUCUGGGCUCGCCUAGCGAGAUUGCAGAUGAGAUGGAGGUUUGGUUGAGGGAGGAGGCCUCGGAUGGGUUUACGGUGACUUUUCCUUUCUUGCCUCAAGGAUUGGAUGAGGUGACGGAGAAGUUGAUUCCAGAGCUGCAGCGACGAGGACUGUUCCGCCAAGAUUAUACUGGCUCGACUCUACGGGAGCACUUUGGCCUUCCGAGGCCAGAGAACCAGUUCUUCAAGCGGUAA